UUGGCGUUGCUGAGGAGCAGUGUUGUGCUAAUAUUUUCUCCAAUAGUGUACAACCAUGUCUUGAAAUUAAAUUUAAAGACAUGGCGGUGGGAGCUGGUGGAUAACUAUGGAGAUAUUCCCGGCGUUCGCAUGGGACACACGGCUACCGUAUACCAUGGAGACAAGCUGAUCGUGUUUGGAGGUGAAAAUGAACAUCGCGAAUACCUGUCGGAUGUCGUCAUCCUCGACCUCUCAACCUCCACGUGGACUCAACCAGAAAUUCGUGGAUCUGUCCCGCGAGGAAGGGCUCGCCAUGCUGCCGUGAUAUACGACGAAAAGCUAUUUAUCGUCGGUGGUGUGACGGGUGAGAACAGUGUCAUCCUUGACGACAUAUCCUAUCUGGAUCUGAAAACCUGGACCUGGUCUCGCUCCUGGAGAUUUACCGCCCGGUUCGACCAUAUUGCCUGGGUGUGGGGAGGCCGGUUGUGGAUCUUUGGAGGCCUCGACCCGGACAUGGAGCGCACGACCGACAUUUGGUGGCUGGACCUCAAAGGCGUCCCGUCCCUUUCAAUGGCCGAUUCGCAAGGUACCUUGGAUUCCCCCGCGACCCCGAACAGGAUGACUCACAGCCCAGAUGCAUUGUUUAGUAGUCCAAGCCAACAGCUACCCGGCCGGUCCGGGAGCUAUGCCGCCAACUCAGGGAGUGUUCAAGUGCGCAAUUCCAAUCGACGCAAACUCAUGGCUCCGGGGGCCAUUUCCUGCCUUCGGUUCAAGUCUGGAGCCCAUGUUCCCUCUCUCUUUUCCGGGACCCACUUCCAGGCCUACGCGUCGGGUGUUCUGUUGGACCUAAUCACUCCCUCGGAGACAGUGCGAACGUUCGAAUGUAAUCUGUCGUCCUUAGAGCUCGAUUCAUUACGCUGGCAAAAGCUCGCAGAUGGACAGGAAAUAUUCAAGCCCGGCUUUCGAUGGCAUUACUGCACAGUCGAUACGACCGGCACGAAAGCGUGGCUGUUGGGAUGUAGCCUAGAUGUCGGGGGAACUCCAGGGACGAGUGACGAAAACUCCAUGAGUGAAGUUCUCUGUCUUGAUUUGCGGCGGUACGGCCUGCUGGGUGACGAGAUGGCUGCCGUAGCGGCCGACCAAGCAAGGGUGCGGGUCGCUGAAAGACCGGGCCUGUCGUCGCUGUCUGGCAUUGGGACGGAUCUCUCGGCCGUAUUUGACCAGUCACCGGAGUCUGGCAGUGAGGCUGAUUUUACGAUCACUGCGAAUCCGGACGAGGAGCCGGGCCCCGAUGAUCACACGGAAGAGCCGAACGUCGAUCCCCCCCCCAGCUUCCUGCCACCCAACGUGAAUACGUCCCCACCUAUUCACGUGCAUCGUAUCAUCCUACAGUUGCGAUGGCCCCACUUCAAACGGCUUUAUUCUGCUCGUAUGGCCGAGUACCAUUCCAAGCGAUUGCACAUUCCGGAGCCGUACUCCGUGGUCCGUGCUUUCUUGUAUUAUCUAUACACGGAUAGCAUUGCCGGGCACCCUGAGUACUGUUCUGACAUAAUUGACGUUGCCGGGAUGCUCGUGAUGGCGAAUCUCUACGACAUGCCCAAACUACGCCUCUUGUGCGUCAACCGGCUGAGCCGCGAAUUGGACGUGGAGAACGCUGCCAUUAUCUGGGAACGUGCCCGGCGUACCAAUGAGGAAUGGCUCAUGCGUCGCGCGUCGCAAUUCUGCCUUGGCCACUGGGGCCGGGUCGUGCGCACUGAGGGUUUUAAGUCUCUCAGCCGACAGAACUUGAUUGAGCUGUGCGAGGUGGUUGAUACGGAAGGCCGGAUCGUCGGCGGGCCCGAGCUAGAGCUGGCCGGAGGCUUGGGCGCGGACGGACUGGGUCCGGCUCGCGACUCUAAACGGUCCCAACUGACUCUUGGCGGUACCGCCGCUGACGACCUUGACGACCUUGACGGCGAUGACAUUGACGGGAUGGAGAUAUCCUGAGUACUGCUCGUGCCCCAGCCUUGCAUGGCGUUUAAUGACUGGUAGGAAGACAAGGCAGCAUUGAUUUAGUUUUGUCCCUUUUCCUUGCUUUCUGCA